ACACUCGCCUAUAUAUGUAGGUAUACAUUUAAUGGGAUUGAAAAGGACUUAGUCUCGGCGGUCGUCCACAUAUUCAGUACGCUUCUUUUGAACUGGAACUGGUUAGACGCCCUUGAAUUUCUAUUUCACUGCUUAGAGCGGAACUGAGCUCACUGUAAUUAUACAUUGCUUGCUGGCGAUGAGCUCGCCGGUCGCAAGGUAAAAGUGCCGGAAUUCUAGAGAUGCAAGGUCUUACAGCUGGGAGAACUGGAUGGAGGCUGACUGAUCCUCCUAUGGACGCUGAAUCAGUUGGUAAUCUUAGUGUAACAAGCUCUGUCGAAAGGCAGGCUAUGAGGGAGCAACUAGACACUGUUCGGCAGACUCUAAAUUCACUUGCGAACGGCGCCCAACCUAGCGCUGGUGGUGUGAGCGGUCCUUCAGCACAGGGCCUCGACGGAGUGCUUGCGAACAUAGCGACAAAGCUAAAUAACAUUGAGGGCUUGUAUACCAGCCUUACGGACAAGCUGGAGAAGGUGGAUGUUCGGAUUGAGGACAGCGAGCGGCACAUUAAGGACCUGCAGCACUUCUCUGCAAGCACCAUUAAUGAAACGGCACGCCUGGUGGACUUCGUAGGCGGCGGCCGCGGAACCUCACCCAACACGCGCAGCGGCAGCCUUGCCGGCGGAAUGGCCUCACGGUCACGGCCGUACGUGCCCGCCGGCAUGCCCUCCACUCCGCCGCCCGCAGCUCCCUCAUCCUCGGCUCGCUCCCCGCUGCCAGCGCUGGAGUACGUUCCCGGCCACCUGAGCGGCACCCUGCAGCAGCACGCCGCGCAGAUCCACAAGCUCAUCGCGGGACUUGACUUCCUGGAGGCGCACAUCAUCCGGCAGGACCAGGCGGUCGAGGGACUGCAGAAACAGCUCAUUACGGUCGCUCGUGACGUCACCGCCGCCUCGCCCACGGCUGACAGCCGCGCCCCCAGCGAGGUGUCCCUCCGUGUGCACGACCUAGAAGAGCUGGUGCACAAGCUGCGCUCCCACCUCUUCAAGGUGGACAAGCGGUCCGUGUCACACGACCAGGCGCUCGGCACCAUCACCUCGCGCAUCGAGGCGCUGGCGGGGCGCUUCGAAGCAUCGGAGGCUGGAGGCGGCAGGGAGCAGGCACAGGAGGGGGCGGAGGGCGACCAGGCGGCAUCGGGCGCGUCCGCCCAAAAGCUAUCCGCAGCACUGGAAGAGCAGCGGGGCUUGCUGCUGGGUCUGACUCGCGACGUGCAGGAGCUGCGGGACCAGCUGCAGGCGCUGACGCAGCAUGCGCAAGAGAAAGCGAGCGGGCCUUCAUCCGAGGCGGCGGCGGAAAUGCAGCAGCAGUUGACCUACCUCAUGUCCGUUGUGCCUGCGCUUGUGGAGGAGAACAAGAGCCUCAAGGAGUUUGCCGCUCAGGCCACACAGCAGCUGGCCGAGCUGACCAGCGGGCUGGAGGAGCAGCGGCAGCAGGCGUCGCAGGUUGCCGCAGUUGCGGAGGUCCGAGAGCAAGUGGCGCGCCUGGAUACCCGGCUAGAAGGUUUUGCGCCCUUGGAGGAGCUGCAGAAGCUCUCCACGGCCAUGCAGGCGCGCGCGCCCGCAGCGGAGGUGCUGGCGGCGGAGGUGGCUUCGGCCGCUAGGGCGAACCUGGAGGAGCGGUUUGGUCAGCUGAGGCACCGCACGGAGCUGGCGGCGGAGGCAGCGGAUGCGGCGUCUAAACGCAGCGAGCAGUCGGCGGCGGCCGCUGCCGCAGCGGUAGUGGCGGCGGAGGCGGCUGGGCAGAAGGGCGCGAGCAGCACGGCUGAGGAGCUCAAGGAGAGGGUGCGGGCCGUGGUGGAAGCUGUUGAGAAGGAGCAGGCAGCGCUCAAGGACCAGUUCACCAGCCUUGCUAGCCAGCUCUCCCAGGAGCAGGGCGCCAUUGCGUCCGGGCUGGGCGAGCUGCAGGAGCAGGUGACUGCUGCCGCCGCUGCCGCCACCGACGCCGUCAGCUGCGCGCAGCAGGUGCAAGAGCUGCAGGCCGCCAGCUGCGCGCAGGAGCAGGCGGCGGCGGAGGCGCGGCAGGCGGAGCUGCGGGACCAGGUGGCAAACGUGAUGGAGCACCUCAAGGAGCGGGUGGAGCAGGCCAUGCAGCAGAUGGACCUGCAGGUCUCCGCGCUGAGCGAGCAGCUGAGUGGCGCCAUCCGCGCCGAGCACUUCGAGGCGGCGCUGCAGCAGGUCCGAGCCAUUGCAAGUGACUCCGCGGAGCGUGUGGAGCUGGCGCUUGCCUCCAUCGACGAGUGCCGCUCGGAGCUCAUUCUGCUGACCGGGCAGCAGGACGUGGUGCAAUCACGACUGCAGACGCUAGAGUCGGCGGUGGGGGUCAACCCGCGAGCCAGCACCGCACGCAGUGCGCCCACAUCGACUCCGCGGGAGGCAGAUGUGGAGGGAGAAGGAGGAGCGGGGGGGCUGCGGAGCCCGGACGCUGCUGAUGCUGGCGCGGUGCAGGGAGCACGUGCCAGUCCUCGUGCGUGCGCGUCUCCUGUUGGGCGGGGUGGCAACGGUGGGCUGCUGGAUCUGGUGGCGGAGCUCAGGACGCGUGUGACGGAGCUGGAGGGCGCGGUGUCCGUGGCGGCCGGCCUGCAGCAGGCCACAACUCGACUCCUUGAGGACCUUGAAGGCCUGACAUCAACCAUGGACGGAAUUAACGGCCGUGUCGCCCUGGUGGCCACCAACUAUGAGACCAUCGUGGGUGUGUCGACCGCACUGCAGCAGCGCGUGGCGGACCAGACGGUCGCGACGGAGGGGCUGGCAUCGCAGGUGGAGGAGCAGCAGGUUCGUGUGGAGGAGAUGGUGGCGCGCCUCCAGGAGACGUCUGCUGCCGUGUCCGCCCUGUCGGCCCGUGUCGCCCGCGACUACAUCAAUCGGGAGCAACUGGGGGCAAUCUUCCAAGCACGUGCCGAUAUCAAGCGCGCAGUCAACGUGCUGGGGUCUGUCUUCGACACCGGGCGCAUGCUCCGAGAGGCUUCCAUGGACGACGUCGAAACCCAGGUUCCAAGCCCGUCCACCGACUCUCGUAGCGACGGCCGCCCCAUGUCCCCUCGCCUCGCAUCAGCCCUGGACGGCCUGCGUGCGAAGCAGGCCGAGCUGGAGCACCAGGUACACCUCGCGCUGUACCGCUCCGAUGGCGCCGUACGUCAGGAGCAGCUGGCGGGCGUGCAGCAAGCCAUGAUGUCGCUGGAAAUGCAGUUCCGGCGGCAGCAGUCAUCGCAGCAGCAGCAGCCCCAGUCCCAGCAGCCCUCCGCUGUUGCGACUGACGCUGCGGUGGAGCAGCUGCGUGCGAGGGUGGAGGCACUUGAGGCCAGUCUGGCCGCCAGCAGCAGCCCUACUGCUGCUGCUGCUGCACAGCCUGCAGCAGCCCCAGCAGCUAGCGGCUCGGGGGCGCCCGCUUGCAGCAGGUCUCCUAGCAGCAGCGCUGGCGGCGUGCGGCUGCAGCUAUCGCAAGAGGACUUGACAGACGCGAACAGCCCGGUGCGGGUACGACUGGCCGUGGACGAGCCUGAGGCGGACGCACAGCCGCCAGCAGUUCCGGAGCCGGAGGCGCCUGCAACAGGUGUGGAGGAGGAGGCGGAGGUGCCUGUGGAGGGCGCUGUUGGGGAAUCCGGCGAGCCUUCCCUGUCGCAGCUCCUGCUGGAUGCUCCUGCGGCGGCGGAGGCCUCCUCUGGGGACUUGCAAGCGGCGCCGUCCGCCGUCGGGGGCGUGCAGGAGCUGCAGCGCAGCAUGCAGGAGCUCUCCUCGACCUGCGAGGAGCUGCAGUCGCGCCUGGCGACGGAGGCUGCGGAGCGGCUGCGGUUGACUGAGGCGGUUUCGGAGCUGCAGGAGCGGGUGGAUCUGCAGGUGAAUGCCAUGGCGUCUACGGCGGCGGUGGUGGCGACGCUGGCCACGGACCAGCAGCACCAGCGGGUGCGGCUGCAGGUGCAUGUGGCGGGUCCGGAGGCGGAGGAGUUCUCGGCCCUGGCGGGGGCCGUGUCUACGCUGGCUGCCCGGGUUGAAGCCAUGGAGGAUUCACUGGAGUCGGCAUUUGUGGUGCGGUCGCCGCGCAGCCCGAAACGCGGUGGUGGUGCUGCUGUGGCGGCGGCGGCGGCAAGCGCAAGCGCGGCAGCUGACGGUGCAGACCCCGCUGCGGACGACGCGGUUGUGAGGGAAGAAGCUGGCGAGGAGGAGGAGGAAGAAGAGGCUGGACCGGCGCUGGGUCUCAUGGUUCCCGUCCUACCUCGUGAAAUCGAGGAGCAGCUGGCGGCCCUGCAGGCGCAGGUGCAGCGACUGGGUGCGGAGGUGGGCGCCCUGGGCGGGCGGGUGGAGGGACUGGAGGCGGCUGGCGCGUUGGACGAGGUGGGGGCGGCGGCUUCCCAGGUGGUGCUGGAGGCCAUUCCGGGGCUGGUGGAGCAACAGGUGGCGCUGCUCCGCGAGGAGGUGGUGGCCACGGGCCUUGUUGAGCGCAAGGAGGUGGACACGUUGGUGGAGCUGGCGGGGCAGUCGGCGGGGGACGCGGCCGAGGCUGUGCUGGCGGUCCGGGGAGCGGCACAGGAGGCGGUGGCGGCGCGGGAGGCGGCUGAGAAGGCGGCAAGGGAGGCCGUGGCGGCGGCUACGGAGGCGGCUGUGGGUGCUGUACGGCAGACGGUGGCGGAGGAGGUGGGGGCGGCGUUGGCGAGGCUGCAACAGGGUGGUGCGGGUUCUGUGGCUACGGCAGCAGCAGCGGUGGAAGUGGGGGUGCAACCGGUUGAGGAGCUUGCGGCGGGAGUACGGCGGGUUGAGGCUGAAGCCAAGGACAUCCGCCUUGCUGUUGAGGUACUGACGGAGAGGAUGAACGACUUGGACACGUUGCGUGACCAGCUCGAGGCCCUGGCGGAGCAGAUCCGCAGUGUCGUCGCCCCGGAUGCCGACGGCGGCGCUGGCAGCAGCUCCCAACAGGGCGGCGGCGGCGGUACACCCAACGCCGCGGCAGUGGCCAGCAUCUUCACCCCGGCAGCCACCGCCUGGGUGCUGCCGUCCAAGUCGCCGAACGCCGGCGCGUCACCGGUGCGCGCCGCCCGGCAGCCGGCCCCGCAGCCCAGCACUAGCCAGCAGGCUGCUUUCCUGGCUCGCCUGGUGGAGGUGGUGAAGCGACAGAGCAGCCGCCUGCAUGCGCAGUACACGGACGCGGAGGAGACGGGCGUUGCGCUGGCACAGGUUGAUCACACCUUGGAGGAGGCUGAGGCCCGGCUGGCGGACGUGCGUGACGCCAACUCGCCCGCCUUCGCUGAGACGCUGGUGACGGUUCUGGAGCAGGUGGCGGCGCUGCGCUACAUAGGCAGCCAGACGCACCCGGCGGUGCAGCAGAUGGUGCUGGAACACGAGAACCGCCUGGACGCGAUCGCCACGCAGCUCAAGAACCUCGCCACGACGGCAGCGCCACCCGCUCAUCAAUCCGGUGCCGAGCCUGCUACCGCUACCGCUGCCGCCGUCUCUGACCUCGCCGAAGUGGUCACCUCCGUGUCCUCCCGCGUCGCCCGCCUGGAGGCCGAGGUGGGCCUGCUAGCCGGCCAGCACGCGGCCCUGGACCAGGCCGUCAGCUCCAUGCUGUCCUUUGCGGAGAGCGUCCGCGAGCACAGCGCCUCAGCUGCAACCACCGCCAGCGGCAGCAGCAGCAGCGACGACCCAGACGCUCCUGCUGCACUUGCGCCGGACGCCGCUGGUGCUGUCGCCGCAUCUGCCGGCUCUGCCACCGCUGCCGCGUUGGAGGUGGCUGCGUUGUCCGCCCGGGUGCGGUUGCUGGAUGAGUCGCUAUCCGCGCGGAUGGACAGCCUGCGUCAGGAGCUGCUGGCGGAGGCGACCAGCGUCGGCAGCACCAGCGGCGGCGCGGCGGGGGCGGGAGGUGGUGGUGCUGCUGCCGCUGCCGAUGUGAGUGCGCUGGAGGGCAAGGUGGCGCAGCUGCAUGCGGCCGCAACGGCCAUGCGCAAUCGGCUGCUGGCGGUGCAGGAGUAUGUGGAUAGCACGCAGGGCAUGAUCAAGGACAUGCACGUGGCGCUAGGCGGGCUGCACCGGCGGGUGGAUGCGCUGGAGGGCGCGGCGGGCGGCCCCAGCUCCCGCGUCAGCGGCUCGGGCAGCGGCAGCGCGGACCCCGCCAGCCUGCGUGAGCUGCAGUCCGAGCUAGCACAACUGCAGAUCAAGCUGCUGUCGGUAGAAUCAAACGCGCUGGAGGCCGCACACGCGCUGGCAGCCCUCAGGGGUCUGGCGCCACGUGUCACCGACGCGGAGAGCCGCCUGGCUGACGUCGGCUCCAAGCUGGCACUGGCGCUGGGCGGCAGCAGCAGCAGCAGCCACGGUAGUCCCCGCCCAUUUGUCAUUCCUGCGCCGGGACCAGGCACGUCGCUGCCGGCGGUGGCGAGUGCGGUCCGUGCGCUGGAGCGGCGUGUGAGCGGGCGGCUGGAGGCGACCUGCUCGGCGCUGGACUCGCUGGCGGGGGCGCUGUCGGCGGCGUCGAGGAUACAGGCGGAGUCAACUGCCAACCCCUUCAAGGCCAUCAGCGCUGCAGUCAACAACCCGGUGGUGGUGGCGUUGGAGAAGAAGGUGGAGGCGCUGCGCACGGAGCUGCACACCGUCAUCAACGUGAUCCUGGAGGACUUGCGACGGGACCAGCAGCAGAGCAAGGCGGCGUCGCUGGACGCCAGCGUGAGCAGCAGCAGCGGACAAUCGUACAGGGCGUGACGUGGCUUUUAGGCCCUUUUGUAAUGCUGCGGCUAUGCUAAUACCGUGUAGUAACGUGAAUCGGCUUUUGAUUACAUUGGCCUGCCAGUUGGUGAUCGUAUAUGGCUGUAGUUGACAUGCAGUGCGUGUGGAUAUGUGGUCAGGAUGCAUUUGUGCUUACCAUGCGUGAAUCCUGGGUAACUUAUUAUUGCGUUGACGUUGGCGAGGAUUCGGCAUGUUGAUGACAACGACACCACCAAACAGUGAUGACAUGAAUGCACAUACGGACGCUUAUACUUCUUACCAGUUGGCAGUUGCACUCUCCCAUUGGAGUAAAAAUACUGAUGUUGCACUGACAGCUGAAUGUGGUUGGCAGUUGGUUUUAGUGAUAGCUAAUCUGAGCUAAUGCAACGUUUUGCGGUUUCCGGGCUCAAGUGAAGGGGGCAGUGAAGAGGUUGAUGUUGGUUGGUCCCUGGAGUUCCCGUCCAUUACGCAUUCAAAAGGUUCUAAACAAGCCAGGAACAGGAACAAGUCGGCUUCAUCCCUGUUU